AUGACGGCGAUGCCAGGCGACGAGGCGAACGCGUGGGAGUGCAAUUUGUCAUUGGUCGGCAAUGAGACGACGCGGACGAUUCGGCCGCGUCAGGGCGUCACACUGCUCCGGCCGGUGUUCAUGAACGCCGUUGAAGUCGGCUACUCCUAUGCGCAUUGCGAUCGCGACAAGCGUUUGAACGUGCGCGGUGUCACGAUCGCGCUUUGGUACUUCAUUUGUCGCGGCCAUCAGGCGAUCGCCCUAUUGCCAUAUUGCUUUAAAAACUAUGCGGAAAAAUCGAGUCGAUAUUCCGAGCUUAUGAUGCUUUAUCGAUUGAAUCUAAUCGAGUUCACACCCGGCUAUGGUAGCGAAAAAUACACGGAGGUGAAUCGAAUCAUGGUGAAUCGCGCGUAUGAAACCGGCGGUUGUAUAGUGGCGCGAUCGCAGAUGCAAGGAAUCACUGAGAGAAAAGCGAAUCUCGUCAAUGUCGUCGAGCAAAGAUUAUUAAUGCCAACAUUCAAUGGUGAUGAUAUCAUGUUCCCCAUUGACGGACCAUUGGGUCGAAAUGGUCCAACACUCAAACAAACGUUGGAGUGCGAGCAGAACAGUCCCGAUUGGAGGGCGUGCUCGGAACACCAAUUGCUAUACUCGGAUCAGAAGCAUUGGAUGGAGAAGCUGUCGUUGUUGGUGCCUGAGAAAUCUUCAUGGGCAAAAAUGACGGCGUUGAUGCAGAAUCCGGUGGCGAGCACAAGAACCCAUUUUGAUGAUUAUUUUGGGCAAGAAAGCCAUUCGACGAUUCCGAUUAUGAGCUCGCCGGCGUCGAACAUGAUCGAUUGCAUUUCUCGACAUCACCGCCAACCAUCCGACAUCGCACUUGAGGUCAGCGACACGCCGAGCUCAAGCAUGUCGAUGUCGCGCAAUUCGAUUCACGAUCGCCGAUUGUCAACGACGAGAUCCCGUCGUCGCGAAUCGACUCAUAAUUCGAACGUGACGACGUCGUCGGUGGCGUCGACAAACAGCACACAAUCAUGUGGAAGUUUGGGACACGCGGCGGAGUGCAGCUGCUAUCGAACGGUGCCGAGAACAAGAGAGAGCCCAUUUUCAAUAAUUGUCAGACUUUUUCAGAGUUUCACGACGCGAGGCUCCGACGAAGAGGAUCCGAUCGAUCAAGGCUCCGAUGAGAUACCGGACGAGAUCAUCGAGCAGUUGCGAUUGGACGAGGAGUGGCGAAAAAAGGAGAUGGAGAGGCUGCGCGCCGACGAGACGCUGGCAAAAUUAUCGCAAAUUUUCGGCUAUUCAAAAUCGUCGCGAGUGAUGGCCAAAUUCGAGAACAUUCGCAAUUUUGGGCAAUUGGUCGAGAAAUGCUUACUCGAGGAAGACCAAGAGGGCGAUAGUAUCGAGUUUGAUGAUGUCUAUCAGGGGUCGCCAAACAACGCGGCGUCAAGUUCAAAUGAUGAUCUCAUUGAUUUCUCGGAGGAUAUGCCCAACCCGCCGGCCGACAUUGAUUGUUUUGCUCCAGUCGAACCUUCGAAUAAUGUUUCUGUUGACUUGCUUUUGUGA